GCAAUCCUUCGGAAGCCUUAAUGCACCACGCCAAAGGCAAGUAAAUUAAUACUUGUUUAUAGUUCAGUGGAGCUUAAAACGGUCGAGUCGACGCCACGAGUGGGUGUGGAGGCUGAAAACAGGUCACAGGCAUUCGGCGUCGAGACGCCGAGGAGGCAGGACGUAACAACCUGUGGAAACCUUAUAAACGUAAUAUAUUAUUUUGUAUUUAUACCAGUUUCAAAGUGGCGUGCGCUGUGUGUCAGGCCGACCAAUUAUAAUGGCUGAGAUCCUACCCCUUUAAAUGAGAGAUUGUCUAUUGACAUAAAGUUCACAGCAUUUAGUGCCAUUGAUUUUUCGCACGGAAGAACGGUUGUGAGCCAAUAUGAUGUUGAAGACUGCAUUUUGUGGUUGCUGUUCUCUUAGAACUGGGUCGAUUGUUCUUGGAGUUCUGUGGUUGCUUACGGACCUCGGCCAAGUGAUUGCGUAUAGCGCUGACCUUGCAGGCAUCAAUGAAGGGGCAGAGAGCUCAGAACAUCGGCUGGGAUCACUUAUAGGACUGUGUAUCAGCUUACUGCAUCUUGUAGGUAAUAUUCUGCUGCUACUAGGAGCUGACAAGGGUAAGGCGCAGUGGGUGAAAUACGCAGUGAUGAACCACUUUGUCACUCUGGUGCUAGGCGUCAUUUCUGUGAUUGCGCUCUCAAUAUUCUACAGUCUCGUCGCUUUAUUCUUCGCUGGUCUCAUUGCAACAGCCAUUGCCGGCUACUGCUGGCUAGUAAUCUACAGUUUUUACUGGCAGCUGAUAGAAGUGGCCAUGACAGAAACACAUGCACAGCUUGAAACCAGUUCCCUCACGAAGCCGACGGAAUGUGGUUCAAGGCCUCUCGACGAAGACAAGCAUUCGCCCUCGAAUCUUGCCUACUAGAUCUAAGGCAGUAUGCCUAAUAUUACGCGUUUGAAAAAAAUAAAUACUUUUCUCGGUUACCAAAUAUUUAUUUAUAUCUAACUAUACGAUAUUUUGAGAAUUCGAUUGUGAAGAAAAGAUUAAAUGUUAAAACUCCUUUUAAAGUGUCAGCAGAUCGAAUAAAAUCAAAUUGUGAUAAUUUAUCAAUUUCUCGACUCAUUGUAUAAAGUAUACAAAUUCAGAAGGUGUUCAGUGACGCAAACCGUUUCUAAUUUUUUUUAAAAAAUUAAGAAGUUUGUGUUUGAUCUGAAAGAAAUGCCCUAUUUUUGUAAUGAAGACUAACAAAUCAAGCCACUAUUUGUUAAGAUUUAAACAAAUUGAUUUUAGGAGUAGGGUAAAAGGAAUAGAUGUCGGUUUUCGUACACCCAUAGAUGAUCUAACUUCCUGUAUCUUCCAUCUUUUUGUCUGCCUGCUAAUUGUAUUAAGCAUAUGGACAUAAACUUCUUAAACAUUAACCGACUGAUUAUAACAAAACUCGACAAAAAUGCGAUACCAUUUUGGAUUUUUUCUUCUUAUCUAUAAUCGAUGUAGGAGACUCACUGGCGAUGAAGUUGCGAUGAACAGUUUGUGUUUUACACGACAGCCUUGCAUCACUCUACAAGUUUUUACUAAAAGAAAAUUCUUUCUUAAACUUCAGCUAAAAUAGGUCUACAAUAGCAGACCCACAUAUUGGCCUAUAGAUUUUCAAAAUAAUACAAUAUAUCCUAUUAAAUGUAUUGUAUGUAUAGGCCUAUGUGUAAUAUAGAUAUGAUAUUAUUUAGACCUAUGGGCUUGCAUUAUUCCAACAGAUUUUAACAUCAUUGCUCAUAUUUCUUCUACUUGAGAUGAAACGAAAUUUACGAUACUUGACGAAACAAAUAUAAAUUUGAAAUCAGGUUGGUGUUUAAAAAGAAAAGUUCCGUAUUAAUAUUCAAGGUGUCAUAAAGCCAUUAUUUACAUGACACAAAUGAACAAGUACGUUAUACAAGUACUGUUCUUUAACAAAUAUCGGUUGUUUCGUGUUAUGUGUAACACUUUAACUAAAUUAAUAGUGACCUACAGAAUUAGUAAACGUCUGUGUAUAAGCUACUGUUCCUUAUUCUAUGGCAUAGCAGAUUGUGUCUUUGUAACUUCGAUAUUGUCGACCUUACAACCAAUGAAACUAAUAUUAUAUAUACAUGUAUGUAUAUAUAUAUACAUACAUACAUAUGAAAGGUUAUCCUAUAUGGUUAAAUAUUAUCUUUGUGUUUAUGUUUAGUAAGCAUUUACAUGAAAUAAAAAUAUAUUUACAGUAAAUUUUAUUGUAUUGUGAUAUUUAUAACACGUUUGAAGAAGGUUACAUUCUAUUUGUGCAUUUUCAAUAAAAUACGGAUCAAAAAAGAA